AUUAAGAACCAUAUAAGAAUAUUUUGAAUUUCAAUUUAUAAGCCUAAAAAUUCAAAUAUAAAUUCACAAGAUUAAAAUUCAUCCAUAAAUUCAUAAGUACAUAGCAUUAGUUCAUAAAUACUUAAAUAUCAUCAGUUCAUAAAUACUUAAAGACAUAACUUCAAAGUUCAAACUCCAUAAGUGCUCAACUUCAUACAUGUCACUUGCCUGCACCAAAUCAAGAGAUAAUGUUAUUAAUUAGCCAUGCACAACACAAGAUAGCAAUGUAUAAGCAGACUCAAACAUACACAACACAAGAUAGCAAUGUGAAAGCAUAAGUAGCAAGCAGACUCAAGUCUUACCCAUGAACUCAGACUUGACAUGUUUCAUUAACUUCUUCUCCAACUUCCUCCAACUCCAAGGGUUGAAAAUCCACUUCAUCACCUAAGAAAAUUCAAUUAUUAGUUUCAAGUACAAGACCAGAGACAAAUCUAAGGAUAUAACCAGAGACUAAUGAUCAAGAACUUACAGUCUAAAGACUCAAAUCCUCUUAACCAAUUUCUUGCGCAAAUCAGUGCUCUGACAUUCGAAGGGAGAAGGCAGCUUCUGUAUUUGUUCAAUACACGGCUUCCAAUGCUGAAGGAUGAUUCUGAAGCAACCGUGGUGAUGGGUAUGCUCAAGACGUCACAUGCCAUUGAUGUGAGCUCCUUAAACCGAUUAGCAUUGUCUCUCCAGUAGGAGAGAACAUUCAAACUCUUGAAGGCCAUCAUGUCUAAAACCGGUUCUUCUAGGUACUUAUCCAAGGCUGACUUCCCAUUACCACCAGCGUUCUGUGAGAAGAAAGCAUAGUAUGCCUGCAACCCGAAAUAAAAACAGUAAUGCUCAGACCUUAAGAAAGCAUAAACACACUAAUGAGCAAUGCAAUGAAACGAUCUUACAUCAUAUCCUGGUAAAGUAGUCUGUGCUGUAGUUCCUGAAGUUGAUCCUGAAGUUCUAGCCAUGUUUUUCUUUUUGUUCUUCUUGUAGACAUCAAACAACUUCUUCAACUUCUUCUUAAUAUGAUCCAAUUUCGUCUUACAUGUCGCUGCAUCUAGAGUUGUGAAGCAAUACUCUAGAAAUCCAAUCUUCAACCUCGGAUCAAGCACAGCAGCAGUACUCAACAAAAGAGUACGACAGGUUAUGCUCAAUCAAGGCUAUUGCAAUCAUCUCACGAAACACAAGCUGAUCUAUCUUCCUACCAGAUCCAGGUGUACCAGGGACAGGAUUCAAAGUACAUACUUUCAUAUGACGCAAAAGACUAGAUGUUCCACUCCUACGCAGGUUUAAGUAGUAGUUGUGUUUGCAGAAUUUGCACACUACGUCACUCGAACCAUCUGGAUACUUCUCUCCUACUAUACUAAAAUGCUUCCAGCAUCUAGAGGUUCUGCGUUUACCUCUUUUGGCACGGGUUUCAGCUGUGCUCAUGAGAGUAUCCUCCACUGCUACUGCUUCAUCUCCAUCUGAGUUUUCAUCCAUCAGCUCAUCCCCACUCAUGUAGUCUUCUGCGUCAUUUAGAUUCAUUGUAUCCUCGUUGUUCAUCCUGAAAAAAAAGAGAUAACAUGAUAAAGGAGAUGACCACUAUUAUGUAAUAUAAUUGUUGGAGAUUAAGCGUGACAGAUAAAGCAUUAAUUAAGGGAGAGCAAAAAGGCAAGAAAAGAGAUAACAUGAUAAAGGAGAUGACCACUUUACAGAACAUAAAAGACUUUACAAAACAGAAUGUGAUGAUAACUCGUUUUUUAAAUAUGUGCUAUAGUGAGAAGCACAUCUGAUCAUAGUUUAAAUCAUAUAAAAGUAGCAAGCAAACUCAUAAAACACAUCAAACUCAUCGAUGACCUCUACAUAUCUCAUAACAAAUCAUCAGCUGAUCAUAUCCCAUAACAAAUCAAUAAAACACACAUUCAGUUUUGCAAGAGACAAGUUACCUUGUGUGUCACUACAGAAACGCUCUCUCACUUCAGCUACUCUUGUCUGUCAAGUGUCAAGGACUCGAACCUCCAACGUCCUGUUACAAAAGAACAAAACCAUUAAGUUACAUAUCUCAAACGCAAUACAAACGGAUAGAACGAAACUCAAAGAAUCAAUCCAUAUCUAUACAAGAACGGAUACAAACAAACUGAAUGCGUACAGAUCAGUAAACUUGAACCUAUCUCAAAUCUCAUAAAACCCAAUCUCAGAUUCAUCAAUAUGAACAAACCCAACUCAGAUCACAAACAAAAAUCCAUCUCAGAUAAAAAAAAACCCAACUCAGAUCUCAAACAAAUCAUCAAUAUGAACAAACCCAAAGGAUGGAAACUGACCGGAGGAGAAGAUGAGAACAGACGGAGUCACGGAGAAGAAGUUGAGAACAGAAGGAGGAAGAGAGGAGAAGUGGAGAACGGUCGGAGGAUAGGGGGAGAAGUGGAAAACAUACGGAGGACAAGAGGAGAAGUGGAAAACAGACGGAGGACAGGAGGAGAACGGAGAGCUUCGUCGUCGUCGCAAUAGCCAAAAGAGAUGCCGACUCGCGAGUUUCGUGAAAAGAGAAAAAUGAAUUUUUUUUAAUUUUUCCUCAAAAUUGAAAACCCUAGAAAUUUUUUUUAUUGGGCCACCUAAGUCCACAUUGCCCAAUUCCAUAAAAAUCCAUAGAUAAAUUGGUUUCCAAAUUCUGACCACUUAAAACCCACAUGGAAAUAUGGAUAAAAUUAGUGGAAGCCCAAAUGUAGACAUGGACGCCCAUCCGACAGUCCAGUUUACAGUUCUACUCAUCACGAAGACCUUUUUAAGUUGGACUCUCUCUCUCUCUUUCUUUCAUAUGUUGUUGUUCUCUGAGAGAAACAAGAAACAGAGUAAAACAUUUUUAAAAAGCAGAGCUUAGAAACUCAAUCGCAGAGACGGAGAGAUCAGAGAUGGGAGAUGUAAUAUUAUUCAUCGAAGAUAUUAGCGAUUUAAUAUCAAAUUUCUCACGCUGCAGAAUCUGUCACGAAGAAGAAGCCGAGAGCUACUUUGAAGCAGGGCCGGGCUUGUACGCAAUCUCGCGAAACAUCCGUAUGGGGCCCCCACCUCAUGGGGCCCCCACUUCCAAUUUUUUCCUUUGUAUGUAAUGUUAAUAUAUGAAUCUUAGGUGCAAAGUCAAAUUAAAAAGUAAAAUUUUGGUUUCUAGUGACAGAAUAAAAUACAUGUCACGAACAUUAUUAGCACGUAAGUCUGAAGAUAUCUCUAUUUUUUUUAUUUAAAGAAUUGUAAAUAUUAUAAUAAAUUUAAAUAAGUAAAAAGCAUCAUAUUUUAACUCAGCAAAGGAAACUUACGAGCUACGAGACAGUCUUUUCAGCUUCUUCCCUUCUCUGUAAAAGCAAGUUCAUAAGAAAACCAGAGAUUUUGUCUUUUGAUUCUUAGGUAAAAUCAAAUUUUAUUUUCGUUUAACAAAUCUUAUAUUGUUUAUUCAUCUCUAAUUCAAUUGAUUUACUCGUUUUGGUUUGAAGGUUUUUAAUAGUCAAAUUUUAUAAUGUCAAAACUGAAUUACAAUCUUUAAAUUUUAUAUCUUCAUCCUGCAGAAAAAAAUGAGUGCAUCAAGAAUAUACCUUUCUGGAGCUAAAAAAAGAGCAAAGAAAAGAAGAGUAGAAGAACUAGUGAAGUCUCAGUCAGGUUCUCUGUUAAAGUAUUUUAAGAAAUCAGCAUUGCUUGGAACUGAUGAGGACCAUGAGGUUGAUGGAACUAGUGAGGAUAGUAGUGAAACUGGUGAGGUUGAUGGAUCUGAACCAGAUGAUGAGGUUGAUGGGGUUAGAACUGGAUAUGGAAACCAUGAUCAAGAAGAGAAUAGGGAUAGAGCUGAGAUAGAUGAUGAAGAUGUCAACUCAAAUGCAGCGGACGAGCAUUUUAAAGAAGAUGAUUCAGCCUUUGAUCUUAUGGAUCCUGGAAAUUGGAGAAAAAUUGACCAGAAGUUAAGAGAUUAUUUGGUUGAGAAAGGUCCUCUCCCACUACCAUCUGAAGAUUAUAUUUUCCCCAAAAAUGAAAGUGGUAGACACUUUUCACAUAGAAAUUACAAAAGGAUCAUGAAGAAUGGAGAUAUGCAGCACCGGCGUUGGUUAGUUUAUUCAACAAUAUUCGACAAGAUCUAUUGUUUUUGUUGCAAGUUGUUCACCCGUUACAAGGAAACUACUCAACUAGCAGGCAUUGGAUUUCUGGAUUGGAAUAAUACUGGAAUAAGGCUGAGCCAACAUGAAACCAGUCAUGAUCACAUUAUGUGUAUGAGCCAGUGGAUGGAACUAGAGAUGAGGCUGCAAAAGAAUCAGACAAUUGAUAAGUGUGUCCAAGAGGAAAUCGAAAAAGAGAAGAAUCAUUGGAGGGAGCUUUUACUGAGAUUAUUUUCAGUGGUGGAGUAUUUGGCUAAGAGUAAUAUAGCAUUUCGGGGAUCUAAUGACAAAAUUGGCCAAGAGAACAAUGGAAAUUUUCUGGAGAAUAUUGAGAUGAUUGGUAAAUUUGAUCCUGUAAUGAGGGAGCACAUCAGGCGAAUCACCAAAGGAGAAACCCGAUACCAUUAUCUCAGCUACAAAAUUCAGAAUGAGUUGAUUGGAAUGUUGAGUUCUGAAAUCAAGUUAAUAAUCAUUAAGAAGAUUAAAGAGGCAAAAUUCUUCUCGGUUAUUCUUGAUUGUACUCCAGAUAUCAGCCACAAAGAGCAAAUGUCUCUCAUUAUUCGAUGUGUGGAUAUAUCAGUGAGUCCAGUUCAGAUUGAAGAAUUUUUUCUUACCUUUCUCGAAGUUGAAGAUAAAUCAGGAAAAGGGCUUUUUGAGCUAUUAUGUGAUACACUGGUUGGUUUGAAGCUGGAUAUUAAUGAUGUCAGGGGACAAGGUUAUGACAAUGGAUCCAACAUGAAAGGAAAAAACAAAGGAGUGCAGAAGAGAUUGUUGGAUAUCAUUCCGAGAGCAUUUUAUACACCAUGUGGUUGUCAUAAUCUGAACUUGGCUAUUUGUGAUAUUGCUAAAUCUUCUGAUAAAGCGAUGUCUUUCUUUGGGAUUAUCCAGCGUUUAUAUAAUUUUUUCCACCCUUCUACGACUAGGUGGGAGAUGUACAGAAAAAUGGUGGCAGGUUUCACGCUUAAACCGCUAUCAGAUACGCGAUGGGAAAGUCACCUCGAAAGCGUUAAGGCUAUACGUUUUAAAGCUCCAGAAAUCAGAGAUGUCUUACUUUACUUUGCAGAAAACAGUGAGGAUCCAGGAGCACGGAGUGAUGCUGAAUGUCUUGCUAUAAGUGAAACACAUGGAAUUGGAGGGUUUGAGUUCUUGUUUGGUCUGGUUAUAUGGUAUGAUGUUCUGUUUGCUGUUAAUACUGUGAGCAAGACGCUACAGUCUGAAGAUAUUGAUAUCGAUGAUGCCAUUGCUCAGCUAAAGGGGUUAGUUUCUUUUUUCCAAAAGUAUAGAGAAAUGGGAUUUCAAGAAGCAAAAGCUGAAGCUUCAAAAAUUGCCAUUGCUAUGGAUAUUGAACCCAUGUUUAACAAGAGGAACAAGCGCCUUAUUAAAAGGAAAACUCAUUUUGAUGAAGAGCGAGACAAAGGUGAUGAUGUUUGUCAGGUUCUAAGUGUGGAGGAUGAUUUCAGAAUCAAUUAUUUUUUCAAAAUGAUGGACCAAGCUAUUGUUUCUUUCCAAACAAGGUUAGAACAAUUUAAAGAGUAUGAAAAUAUUUUUGGGUUUUUGUUCAGUCUACGAAAGCUCAACUCAACAAGCGAUGAUAUUUUGAAGAAUAAAUGUUCUAACCUUGAAGCUUUUCUUAAGCAUGGAGCAGAUUCUGAUAUUGAUGGGAAUGAUUUGUUCAUGGAAAUCAAAAUUUUCAGAGAAGUUUUGCCAAAGACUUUCAAGAAGAAUGUAGAAGUGCUGGAUUAUUUGAAGAGAAUGAAGGAUAGCUAUCCGAGUAUAUGGAUUGCUUACAGGAUAAUGCUCACCAUUCCUGUUUCAGUUGCUUCAGCUGAAAGAAGUUUUUCUAAGUUGAAGUUGAUAAAGUCUUAUCUACGAUCUACUAUGUCACAGGAAAGGUUAAACGGAUUGGCUAUGUUAUCGAUUGAGAAAGCUUUAAUUCAAAAUCUCAAUUAUGAAAGUUUGAUGAAUGAUUUUGCUGAAAAAACUGCAAGAAGAGUUAUUUUUCAAAAUCGGUAGAACCGUUGUUGUGUGUUUUUAGAACUAUUGUACUGUAUUUUGAAGAUUAAUUAUGUUUAGACUGUUCUUUUUUUCUUAUUGUUCUAUAAUUUUUUCGAUGCUGUUUUUUAUUAUCAAAACUACGAUAAGUUCAUCUAUAUUUUGAAUAGGGCCCCGAAAAACUCAGGUCCGGCUCUGCUUUGAAGCUCCUUGUUCUUGCUCAGGCACCCUCAAGGUAUCGAAAUAUCAACAUCUCAAUUUUGAAAUAAGCUUAUCUUUAUUGUAAAACUAUUUUGUCAGUAUGAAAAGAUGAUUUGUUUCGUUUGAUCAGUUUGCGCACAGAGAUUGCAUACAAAGAUGGUGCGAUGAGAAAGGAAACACCAUUUAUGAAAUAUGUCUCCAGGUUUGACCAAUUCUCAUCCAAAUUUUCAAAAAAAAAAAAAGAAAAAUCAAUAAGUUCGAAUAUUACUAUUUCGGGAACGAUUUGAUUCUUUUGAUGUUUUUAAAUAAUUUGUUUUCAUCUUGUCUUUAAAAAAGAAAAAUUGAUCGUUAUCUC